AUGGGCCAGAGCCAAAAAGUUGUUAGAGCGAAUAGCUUCUUAUGGAUGAACAAUGAGUUAAGAGCACCCGUAAAGGAGAAGAUGAGAAAUACUAUGAAGGCAUGGAAUAUAGAUGGAAGGCCCUUGAAGAUGACAUUUGGGACAGGAUUUCCACCUAUUUAUUCAAAGGGAAGCAGCAAGAGAAUUGUCCCUGUUGUGUUGGAAACAUAG